GACGCAUUCAACACCAGUUUUGCUUGCUCACUCAGAGCGUGCUGAACUUGCCACAGAGAAAUAUAUCUCACUGGCUCAUGUUCUGGAAGGCUUUGUCAUUCUCAAGCGAAACCCAGACUACAUGGAGGAGGAUGAGUGAUUCCAUUAGCUUAGCAUUUUUUUUUUUGUAGAACAACUUUUUUCUCCCAUAAAAAUCAAAACGUGACAGGCCAAAUCUAUUAAAGUGCGAGAACAUCCCCGCUAUUCUUCUUUUUCAUCUACUCUCAUCAUGUUUGGCCGUAAGAAAAAGUCCACAAAUCCCUUUGAAGAAGAGCCCAGUGCCCCUCCUCCGCCUUCAUCUCAAUAUCAGAACCAAGAGAAAUCUAGUGCCUAUACGCAGCGUUAUCCUAGCUCCGCCUCGCAAACGCACUCUCCCCCGCCAUCGUAUCGAUCUAAUUCACAGAGUGACCUUUCAAACCGAGAGCAGUUAUUUGGAGAUGCUCCAUCACGCUCUCGAUUCCAAGCCAGAAACCAGUACAACUCGAGCGAAUCUGUGCCAACUUCUGACCGCUAUGGUGGACGUAGCCGUUACAACGGCUCUAGCCAGUAUGGUGCUGGCUAUGAUGAGCAAGGUCAGCAAGAUGCUUACGGCUCCAGCAAAUGGGGUGAAGAUGAAGCAGAUCAAGAAGUUUCUGGUCUUAAGCAGCAGAUUCGCAACGUCAAACAAGAUACCCUAGCCAGUAGUCGUAACGCUGUGCAGAAAAUCAGAGAGGCUGAAGAAGCCUCUGGCAACACUAUGAAUAUGCUUGGCGAACAAUCAUCACAAAUUGCAAGUGUUGACAGAAAUCUCGAUCUCGCAAAGGCUCAUUCUGACCGAGCAUCUGCCAAGGCUAGCGAACUGAAGCAACUCAACCGGUCCAUCUUCAUUCCUGUCAUCAAAAAUCCAUUUAACAAAGCCUCACGCGAACGCAAGGAACUUGAGGCUGUGCGCCAAGACCACUCUGAGCAUAUGCAGGAGAGAAACGCCAUUCGUCAAUAUGAGUAUGAGAGUAAGGAACGCAUGGAAAGAAGCCAACGUGCCAGCGGUCGACAAUCCGCUAACGCUGGAUUCCGUGGCCGCUCUCAAAGUGAUCGUCAGCGCUAUCAAUUUGAAGCUGAUGAAGAAGAUGAUGAAGUUGAAAAUGAAAUCGACUCAAACUUGGAUUUCCUAAGCGAUGCUGUCGGCCGGUUGAAGAACAAUGCUCUCACCAUGGGAGAGGAAGUAGAGGCUCAGAAUAAGGUUCUUGAUAAAGUCGGUCGCAAGGUUGACCCCCUUAGCGAUCGUCUUACUAUGACAACCCAUCGCCUUAACAACACCAGAUAAACCUGUUAUCAAAAUAUAAACUGUUGUUUUGCUCGUUUUUUUUCUUUUUUUAUUAUUUCCAUUACUGUAAUACGUGCAUUCUUCUACAUGUUGACGUUUCAUUGACAAAUAUAAAGCACUAGCAAAU